GCUCGGCGCCAGUCGGCGCGCUGACGUUAGACGUUCCAGGUACUUUCCCUAGAGCCGGCCAGACCCGGCGUGGGGGUGGGGCGGGGCGCAGAGCACGCAUGCGCCGCAGCGCCAGCGCGCUCCCCGGAUCGUGCGGGGCCCGAGCGUCUCCGCCGGCGCUGGCUCCACUCGCGCCAGCUGGCUACCGUCGCCAUGUCUGCCCCAGUCGAACGGGAGUUUGAGGAGCUGGAUACUCAGAAUCGCUGGCAGCAGCUGUAUUUGGAAAUUCGCAAUGAGUCCCAUGACUACCCUCAUAAAGUGGCCAAGUUUCCAGAAAACAGAAAUCGAAACAGAUACAGAGAUGUAAGCCCAUAUGAUCACAGUCGUGUUAAACUGCAAAACGCUGAAAAUGAUUAUAUAAAUGCCAGUUUAGUUGACAUAGAAGAGGCGCGAAGGAGUUACAUCUUAACACAGGGUCCACUUCCUAAUACAGGUUGUCAUUUCUGGCUUAUGGUUUGGCAGCAAAAGACCAAAGCAGUUGUCAUGCUAAACCGAGUCGUAGAGAAAGAAUCGGUUAAAUGUGCACAGUACUGGCCAACUAAAGAUGACCAAGAGAUGCAGUUUAAAGAAACAGGAUUCAUUGUGAAGUUCUUGUCGGAAGAUGUGAAGUCAUACUAUACAGUACAUCUACUGCAAUUAGAAAAUAUCAGUAGUGGUGAAACCAGAACAAUAUCUCACUUCCAUUACACUACCUGGCCAGAUUUUGGAGUCCCGGAAUCACCAGCUUCAUUUCUCAAUUUUUUAUUUAAAGUGAGAGAAUCUGGUUCCCUGAAUUCUGAGCAUGGGCCUGCAGUGAUUCACUGUAGUGCAGGCAUUGGGCGGUCAGGCACCUUUUCUUUGGUAGAUACCUGUCUGGUUCUGAUGGAAAAAGGAGAUGAUAUUAAUAUUAAACAGCUGUUACUGAAUAUGCGAAAGUAUCGAAUGGGACUUAUUCAGACACCAGAUCAACUUAGAUUUUCUUACAUGACUAUAAUAGAAGGAGCAAAGUUUAUAAAAGGAGAUUCAAAUAUACAGAAACGGUGGAAAGAACUUUCUAAGGAAGACUUAUGUCCUGCUUUUGAUCAUUCACCAACCAAAAUAAUGACUGAAAAAUAUAAUGGCAACAGGAUAGGCCUAGAAGAAGAAAAACUGAUGGGUGACAAAUAUACAGGACUAUCCUCUAAAAUGCAAGAUGCUGUGGAGGAGAACAGUGAGAGUGUUCUACGGAAACGUAUCCGAGAGGAUAGAAAAGCUAAUACAGCUCAGAAGGUGCAGCAGAUGAAACAGAGGCUAAAUGAGACUGAACGAAAAAGAAAAAGGCCAAGAUUGACAGACACCUAAAUAUUCAUGACUUGAGAAUAUUCUGCAGCUAUAAAUUUUGAACCAUUGAUGUGCAAAGCAAGAACUGAAGCCCACUCCGGAAACUAAGUGAGGCUUGAUAAAACCUGUAGAUUGCCUCAUAUUUGUCUGUUUACAAAGUAAACUUACAUCCAGGGGAUGAAGAGCACCACCAGCAGAAGACUUUGCAGAACUCUAUAAUUUGAUGCAUUGUUAAGUUUUUUAAUGUGUGUAUGAAAUGUAGGAAGAUGUAAAAGAAAUAAGUUAGAAGAGACUACUUUGUAUUGUACUGCCAUUCCUAUUGUAUUUUUAUACUUUUUGGCAGCAUUAAAUAUUUUUAUUAAAUAG